AUGAGCCACAAGCAUCGGUUAUGGAAGGAGAUUUGGAGAUAUGAUACUAAAGAGUGUUGCACCAAGUCCUUAGAAGUAUAUUUAAAAGAAAAUCCACCCAGAGAUAAGUCAGUUCCAGGACCUGCAGCAUAUGAACCCAAAACACAGUAUGUGGAGAGAGCUGCAGCAGCAUUUAGCAUGAGGCCUAUGACAACUUAUGCUUCAAUAUUCAAUGAUCCCACCAGGCCUUUUCCAGGUCCAGGUACAUAUGAUUCAUAAAAUGAAGUCAAGAAUGGAUUUUGCCUCAACUCAAGGUAUAAAUCUCCAGGCAGUGCUGUAAUUUCGAAAACUGGAAAGAGAUUUGAGAUGAAAGACAUGAGAAGAUCGAUGGAUAUUCCAGGGCCAGGCACAUAUGAUGGAAAUACUACUUAUUAUAAGGUGAAGAAAAAUUAUGGUUAAACAGUAUUUGGCAAACAGAGAAGACUAGAAGAGCUUCAAGAAAUAAAAAAGAAUUUCCCAGGGCCAGGCACUUACAGAGUGCAGAGUGAGUUUGGGUUUUAUGACCCAGCAGACACAAUAAACACUUCAAAUAGCUUCAUGGGAAGAAGAUCUUAAAUGCAAACUGAAAAAUAAGAUUGA